AUGGAGCUGCUGCCCUGGGCCAAGCUGCAAUGUCCCUGGCGAUGGUGCCUCCCUGGGCUGAUGUCCCUGGCUCUGUUCUGCUUCUACUUUUCAAUAUCACAGGACAGCCCUGCCGGCUUCCCUAGGUCAAGGCCCGUGCCCCUGGGCCCUGUCCCAACGACCCCCAGCAGCUCAGCCCGGCCAGGAUCCGCCGCGGCCCCCCCAGCCGACCAGCCCCUGCUGAUCUUGCUGUGGACGUGGCCCUUCCACAACCCCGUGGCUCUGCCCCGCUGCUCGGAGCUGCUGCCCGGCACCGCCGACUGCCACAUCACCGCGGACCGCACGGCGUACCCACGCGCGGACGGCGUGAUCGUCCACCACCGCGAGGUGAGCGCCAGCCCCGCGGCGCUGCUGCCGCCGAGCCCGCGGCGGCCGGCCGGGCAGCGCUGGGUGUGGUUCAGCAUGGAGUCGCCGAGCCACUGCGCGCGGCUGCGGGCGCUGGACGGCUACUUCAACCUCACCAUGUCCUACCGCCUCGACUCGGACAUCUUCACGCCCUACGGCUGGCUGGAGCCCUGGCGGGGCCCGCCGGCCGAGGCCCAGGUCAACGUCUCGGCCAAGAGCGGGCUGGCGGCCUGGGCCGUGUCCAACUGGCGGCCCGGCUCGGCGCGCGUGCGCUACUUCCGGCGGCUGCAGCCGCACCUGCGCGUGGACGUGUUCGGCGCCGGCCACCGGCCGCUGCCGCGCGGCGCCAUGAUGGCACGCCUGGCGCAGUACAAGUUCUACCUGGCCUUCGAGAACUCGCUGCACCCGGACUACAUCACCGAGAAGCUGUGGAAGAACGCGCUGCUGGCCGCCGCAGUGCCCGUGGUGCUGGGGCCCGCCCGCCACAACUACGAGCGCUUCCUGCCGCCCGACGCCUUCAUCCACGUGGACGACUUCGCCAGCCCCGAGGCCCUGGCGCAGCACCUGCACAUGCUCGACGCUGACCCCGCCCGCUACCUGCGUCACUUCCGCUGGCGCGAGGCGCUGCGGCCGCGCCUGGGCAGCUGGGGCCUGGCCUUCUGCAAGGCCUGCCGGCGGCUGCAACAGGACCACCGCUACCAGACGGUGCCUAGCAUCGCCUCCUGGUUCACGUGACCCUGGGGGGG